CGUCUACACCGGUUAACAGAGUUGGAAGAAAAAAAAAAGCGAUAAACCCGAAGUUAAAAACAGUAAUCAUUUCUUUCUGUUCUUCUCCACUAAUCCACCUUCAAUCCCAAUAAACAGUACAGCAAGCGCCAAAAUACACCAGCCCUGAGGUGGGCCUAUUCUCGUUGAGGAACAAUCGUUGCACCUUCUCCUUCUUCUCAUUUCGCUGCUAAUUCGCUGAAUCGUUGUUGCCUUUGGUUGCCAGGCUUUGACAAAUCCAGAUCAACCAGACUUCCUCACACUCAGAGAUCCAAACUUUUAUUGAAGGCAAGUAAAAGAAGGAUAUGAACGAGGUGAUGAUGGCAGCGGAUGCGAGCUCGAUGAGAGGAGGUGGAGCGACGUCAUUUGCGUCGUCUCCGUCGUCGAAUCUGCUUCCUAAUAACCUCCCUCUCCUCACGGCCUUCCUCGCUUUCGCUCUCGCCCAGUUUCUCAAACUCUUUACCAAUUGGUUUAAAGAAAGGAGAUGGGAUUCUAAGAGGAUGAUUGAUUCAGGUGGGAUGCCAUCAUCACACUCUGCAACUGUCACAGCUCUUGCGGUUGCUAUAGGUUUGCAGGAUGGAAUGGGAGGACCGGCUUUUGCUAUCGCAGUUGUUCUGGCAUGUGUUGAAUACUGCUGGUGGCAGUCCCUACUUUCAAUUUUCUUUUCUCUCACAUUCCUUUUCCCUCUUAUUGAUGCCAUGGCUAUAGACCUCACCACUUCUGCCAGCAUGUCCUUAACAAUGUUGAUCUCUAUGGUGAUGUAUGAUGCAUCUGGUGUCCGACUUCACGCUGGGCGUCAAGCUGAAUUGCUGAAUCAAAUUGUGUGUGAGUUCCCUCCUGAACACCCAUUGUCUAGCGUGAGGCCCCUGCGUGAAUUACUUGGACAUACUCCACUCCAGGUUGUUGCAGGUGCCUUAGUGGGAUUCAUAGUGGCUUUCCUUAUGCGAAAUUCUGGUUAGGAUGACGGUGUUACAUAAAAAAGCAACAUUGAUUCAUUUGCCUUUCCGGUAACGGGUAUUGAGUUUCUGUUGAAAUCCUUAUAAUUCUAAAGUUGUUUAAAGUUGUUUUUAGAUGAUCAAAAUGACAACUCAUUUCUGUUACUUUGGACUUCAACCUUAUUUUGUAUAAUCUCUUUCGCAAUAUGUCGCCGACUGUUUAUAAUAUACAUGAUACAGAUACUAGUUUGCA